AUGGUCGACAGGCCCGCCCUGGCCGGCACAGAAGCCCACCACCAUUGCACCACAAGUGCACUUGCUCCUGUGGCGGCCAUCAUCCCCCCGCCCCCCGACAUUCAGCCCGUGAUCGACAAGCUGGCAGAAUACGUGGCUCGCAACGGCCUCAAGUUUGAGACCAGCGUCCGUGCCAAGAACGACCAGAGGUUCGAGUUCCUGCAGCCCUGGCACCAGUAUAACGCCUACUACGAGUUCAAGAAGCAGUUCUUCCUCCAGAAGGAAGGGGGCGACAGGGCACAGGCUGUGUCAGCACCAGAAGAGGCUCCUGCAGAAUCUGCUCCCGAAAAGCCGAGUGACGGUGGGGAGGAGGGUGUGUGUGAAGACUCGGCCGACGCAGCGAGAGGCGGCCCCACGGGGAAGAAGGAGGCGUCAUCCAGUAAGACUGUGGCAGACGGGAAGCUGGUCAAAGCUUCAUUUGCUCCAAUAAGCUUUGCAAUCAAGGCCAAAGAAAAUGAUCUACUUCCCCUGGAAAAAAAUCGUGUUAAGCUAGAUGAUGACAGUGAUGAUGAUGAAGAAGGCAAAGAAGGCCAAGAAAGUUCUAGUAGUGCUACAAACACUAACCCGGCAGUUACCCCACCCUGUGUAGUUGUUGAGGAGAAGCGGCCUCAACUUACCCAGGAGGAGCUAGAAGCGAAGCAAGCAAAGCAAAAGCUGGAGGACCGACUUGCAGCUGCUGCCAGAGAGAAGCUGGCCCAGGCGUCUAAGGAAUCGAAGGAGAAACAGCUUCAAGCAGAACGUAAAAGGAAAGCAGCUUUAUUUUUGCAAACCUUAAAAAAUCCUCUGCCAGAAGCAGAAGUCGGAAAAGUUGAGGAAAAUCCUUUCAGCGUGGAGGAAGUCAGUACUGUGUCCUGUGCGCUACCGGCCGGAGGCAGACCUUUGCCAGCUUCAGACGUUAAACCCCCAGAAGGGCCCUCCAGCAAAAGUAAAGACCCACCGAGGGAAGAAGAGAAGGAGAGGAAGAAGAAAAAGCACAAAAAGCGGUCUCGCACAAGGUCGCGCUCCCCCAAGUACCACUCAUCCUCCAAAUCCAGGCCCAGGUCCCACUCGAAAGCAAAGCACUGUCUCCCCAGUGCCUAUCGGACGGCGCGGCGCUCCAGGUCACGAUCCCGGUCCCCUCGGAGAAGAGCACACUCUCCCGAGAGACGGAGGGAAGAAAGGAGUGUCCCCACGGCCUACCGGAUGAGUAACAGCCCGGGCGUCAGCAGGAAGCGGACCCGGUCCAGAAGCCCCCAUGAGAAGAAGAAGAAGAGGCGCUCACGGUCACGGACCGAGUCCAAGGCCGGGUCCCAGUCGGCAUCCCCGAGCAAGCAGGCCACACGCCGGCACACAGCCCACUCGGCCAGCAUCUCUCCCGUGGAGAGUCGGGGCUCCAGCCAGGAGCGCUCCAGGGGAGUUUCUCAGGAAAAAGACGGCCAGAUCUCCUCGGCAAUUGUCUCCUCCGUGCAGAGCAAAAUAACUCAGGAUCUCAUGGCCAAAGUGAGGGCGAUGCUCGCCGCUUCCAAGAACAUGCAGACCAGUGCCUCCUGAGACGCGGGCGUCGUGCUGGCCCAGCGCCCGGGCUGUGGGGCCGGAGAGCCAAGCAGCUCCCGCGUGCACAGACCCAUCCAACGCCGUCCACAUUCUCCCCCAGGGACGCCCCUGGGCAGUUGGUGGUUUUUGUAAAUUAAUUUUUGAUGACAUUUUCAGUUUAAGAUUUUUGACCAGCAGUCUCUUACCUGUAUAUUUGUAAAUAAUAUCAUGUUUCUGUGAAAAUGUAUUAUCAAAUAAAAUGGGAGGAAA